AUGACCACCAUCACCACCGAACGAAGCCCAGUGCUCCUGAGAGCAACGAGCAUGACGGGGGGUAGCCCCCGGUUGUCCCUGAAGCGCGAAAUCACUCCUCCAUCCGCCUCCGAUCCGCAACUCCUCCAUAUCCACGAACGGUUAAACCAACUCGAUGCAAAAGUCUUUGAUCUCCGAUCAUCUGCCUUGACCAAGGAGUCCUAUGUCGACCGUAGGAACAAGGAAGAUGAGUUUCUUCGACGGGAGUUCGACCACCAGCGUGCCAUCACGGCGUCCAUCGAGGCCGUCGUCGGCAAGACUAGGUCGGAUGUCUCUCAGCUCAAGACCCUGAAGACCGAUCUCUCCUGUUUAGGGGCUGAGAUCUUCCAGCUCCGUACGAGCGUCAACCACAUCUCGUCAAAGGAUGGUUUUCUUCAUUCGGAUAUCACCCAGAUCCGCACUCAUCUAGAUCAGCUCCAGCUCGACGUCCAACGUAUGCAUUCCGAUGUAUGCUCGGCAAGAAUCGACGUCAGCGGUGUCCAGGCCUCCGUCAGCCAGCUCAAGAUCGAUCUCAUGACGAUGCAGAGAGAUACUCGCCAGCAGUUCAAGCAUAUGGAUCGAAUUCGAUUCAACUCGCUUGCAAUCACCGCCCAUGCUCCCAUUACUCCCGUCCCAGUCAUCCACGACGAUGGCUCCAUCAGAUUUCCCGACUACUUCCCCAGAACGGUGUGGAAGUUUUGGUGCUUGAAGAAAAUGAAUAGGGUUGAACUCGCCGAAUUUUACCAGCUGGAGGGUUACCAGUACUGGAGCCGUAUGGCUCUUCCUCAUGAAUCUGCCUUCCCCACGGACGGGUACAUGAGCGAUGACAGUGAUUCCAGUGAGCUUCCAUCGGACAUCACUCGAUCUGAGGCCGCACGUCUCUAUCCCGAAGCCUGCCACCAGGCUCUCGCCGCCACGUUGGGUCUCGUAUAUUACAAGAUCCGCAACGAGAUGGGUGAAGGUCGUCAUUCUCACCUCAUGCCCGCCAACGUCGCUCCAAAACGCCACCAGGAUGAAGUUGGAUCCAUGCACUCCUCUUCCAAGCACAGGAAGAUGGCCCGUCGUUCGCAAGAUGCCGUAUCUCCUACCGCUGGACAAACCGGUGCUACCGUCCCUCACAAGAUCGUCACGAACUACAUGGCUGCUCAGACCGGUGCUGGAGAUGCCAAGUCGGUUGUCUCCGAAGGCCUCGACAAGCUCGCCUGGAACAUCGACCCGUCUCAGAUUUCCGAGGAGACCAUGUCCAAGAUCUCUGAUUUCGUCAAGGAUGAGCCCAACGCUCUCUUCCUCCUCCAGGCUCUCGAGCGCGGCCGUAUCAAGCUGCAGCCCAGCCACAUGGAGCGAGGCCGCAUAUCUCCAACCGAAACAUCCUCCAAACGAAGCUUUAGAUCCGUCAGACGUGAAGCCAACGGUGCUGCGUUUCACGGUGUCGCUGAGGCUAAGAGUGAUGAUUUACAGAGUGAGAUGAACACCGUCCCUACCGAAAUCAUGUCUCCUCUCUCGGCUACCAGAUCGGAAAUCGAACAAGAUGAAGAUGAAGACGGUCCGCCUUCCUCUUCUCCGCCCGAAUCAAAGGAAUAG